AUCUCCUCUGAGCUGGUUUAAUCUCUCUGACCCUGAGUCUGGUUAAGACUAGCGAAAUAACUCUUUUUUUCAACACCUGCUCUAAAAUAAAACAUGGUAAGAUUUGAAGGUGACCAUCGGAUCUCAGUGGAAUAUGAAGCACCCAUAUCCUCAGCCACGAAUGAUACUUUAAUGAAGAAUCCAGGGAGAAACCAUUUCAGGUGGAUCCUUCUGAGUUUCGGACUUCUCUGCAUACUUCAAGUUACUCUCAACAUUUCUCUGCGUCUGACAUUUUAUAGGUCACCUGACACUGAGUCCCCCAGCAGAAACGUCAAUGUACAAUCCAUCGAGGAACCUGACCAGAACCCGACUUCACAACCCACAGAGGACGCAUGUAUAAACCAUACUGCACAGAUUCAUCAGCUUAGGAUGCCGCUGUGUGUUUAUGGGAACAUUAACAGAUCAGCUAAUGUUGAUAUACAAACAUUGGCCUGUUUGUCGAAAGAACGGUUUUCAAAGGUUUGUCCAAGCCUGUACUACAUUUCCUCUACCAUUAACACUUGGAAUGACAGUAGAAAAGAUUGCUUGGAAAGAGGUGCAGACCUGGUGAUCGUCAACAGCAAAGAAGAGCAGGAGUUCCUGAGGAAAUUCAAUCGAAGGUUUUGGAUUGGACUGACUGAUGCUGAAGUUGAGGGAGAAUGGAAAUGGGUCGACGGGAGUAAACUGAAUAUAAGUUUCUGGGAUGAAAAUGAGCCAAACGAUGCCAUGGGUGGAGAAGACUGUGGAGAGAUUAUGUUUAUUCAUAAUAAAAAUAACUGGAAUGACGCAGCAUGUGGCACUAAAUACCAUUGGAUCUGUGAAAGAAAGCUGGAGUGAACAUGAUGAGGAUGGGAAGUAAAAGAAAGGCUUCUCCGCUGUCUCUGACCACAGAAUGUCAACUUCCAUCAAGGUUGAGACAAUGUGAAGAUAGAAUCCUCAACUCACCCUGAUCCGUCUUUGCUCCAGUUCUCUAAACUGUAAUGGUCUCCUUUGUGACUAUUCAUCUGGAAUUGUUUAAAACAACUUGGUCACUCUCUAUCAUUUUUUAAUAUCGCUUUAAUAGCCUGGUGGUGGUUUUAUGCAUAACUAUACUUUGCACGUUUAUUGCAGUCAUCCUUCUUUAGCAAUUUCUGUAAAAUAUAUAUUUCUAUGUUAUACUGAGCAUUAAUGUCUUUUAAAAGUUUAAUUUCUAUUUUAAGUUUCAGUUCAUUUUGUAUAUUUGAGGCACUGAUUUAUGGGGUAACUCAGCCGCUGUCUUAUCUCUGUUUACAUCCUUUGUUGACAAGGUGACUUGCAAAGCAGUUAAACAAACACUCAAACUGAUGUAGCAUGACUUCCGCCAUUACCUUAUUUGGAAACCAGACAGAGCUGCAUUUUGAGUUAGCCUUGUGUUGAACAGAGAUAAGCAAGAUACGUGCAGUCUACAGCAGUUAAAAUAAGUAUUGAGAAAGCCACAGUUUUUCUUAAUAAUUAUAUUGCUAUAGGUUCUGUUGACAUGAUAUUUUCACCAGGGGUCCCUCUCAUGAUGCAGAUUUACUUAAAACUCCAAGUUGUCUAAAACUGAAAACAGUGUAACUCUGACUUUUCCAGUUCACAAAGACAGUUUCCUCAACCUCUGUUUCAGUCACUGUAUUAACAUUCUCCUCAGAGCUAACCUGGUCGGGAGCAA